CGGCUGUAAUCCGGUGAUGCUCCGCACGCGCACUGCGCCGCUCUCACCGUCACCGGACGCGUUACACAGAGACAGAAGUGAACAGAACAUGGACCCACAGAACCGAGCCGUGCUUCAUCAUCCAUCCGCUUCCUAACAGGUAAUUCCGCAUCAUGAAUCACAGGGAGGAGCCAGAUGAACCAGGGCCCAAAGCCCCACCCCCUAAGGUGAUCCGGCAGUCAAACAGUACACCUGUCGAAGGAAGCCGUCCCAGGUGGAGGCCAUGCCAGCUGAACAGCCAAGAUGAACAGGGAAGCGGCCAUCAUCAUCAUCACCAUCAUCACCACUACCAUCGACAAUCACACCAACAGCAGUCUGGAAGUAACCGAGCUCCACCACGACGCAGCCGAAGACAUGUCCCCAGUCACUCCCAGAGGAGGUCGAGUGAGAGCGGAGAUGCAGAGCCACAGCCAGACCAGCAGCCUCGUCCAGGUGGGUCGAGGUAUCGACAGGUUGGUGUUGGAGGGCUUCAGCACAGACAUCGACAGCAACACAAACCUGCAGUGCUACAGCCCCUCAAUGUUCCUGAGAUCAAUCCAGAUUUGGCCACUUUGUCUCCUGAGGAGUCUUCUCAGGAACUGCUGACUUCAUCUUCACAAGAGGACCUGACUCCUCAGGAGGUACCAACACCCUCUCCACAGGAGGUACCACAUGUAGAAGAGCAAGAAGAAGGUAGCCCAGGUCUUCAUUGCUCCUCCAGUACUGAGAGCAGCCUUCACACACACUCUGAGGAGACCGAGGAUCAGCACAGCGAGAGGGAGCAGACAGAGGAGUGUAUGGGUGAGAUGGACAAACGGGAGGUAGAGGGAUUUCAGCAAAAUAGAGAGGUUGAACAGGAAGAACAAGUGGAGAAGAAUCAAGUGGAGAAGGAAUCCAUGGCAAACACUGGUAAUUCAAAAGAUAGUAAGAAGACCAGUAGGAGGUUCGGGCCCAUCAGAGUAGAUGUUCCACCUUUUUCAGAAUUUCCACGUCAGCCUCUACCAAUCCCUAAAUUCCAGACACAGCCUUUCAAAGGUUUCCCCAUGGAGUCCAAAUCAGGUCCUAAUCAUCUCACCUCCACCAGCUACACAGCCAUGAGCACAGACAUGAGGCCUGAAUGCCCAUCUGACACUCAAUCCUAUGAAGAAACAUUUUCAGACUCCACUACAGAAGCAUGUUCUACUUCAUAUCCAUCAGUCUCUGAGUCCUGUCCAAAGUUCUACCUAGUGACACCAACAGAAUCAGGCAGAGAACUGUUCCACUCAAACUCACAAACAGGAAGGUACCAGGAACACUCUGAGGAACAGCAGAGCUUUGAGAAAAACUCUGACAUGUCCACUAAUGAGGCACAGAUCAAUCUUCAUGAGGAGCAGAGGCCACGGGUUUCUGUUGGUUCCAGACUGCACCACUAUGAUGAACAGUCAGGAGAUGAAGCUAGCAGUCCUGAUAGAAGCAGAAGUAAGGUUUGGAGACGUAGUGAAGAACAGGAAUGUUCAGAGAUCAGAAAGGAACAGUGUGAGGUUCGACCUUGUUUGCCAGUAUUGUACAAAGACGAGAAGCCACAACAGGACUGUGUAGAAGACAGGCCACAAUCUAUGCAAGAGUCUGCAAACGUUUCAGGAGAUGCGAUCUCUCUGGCAAUAAGAGACAUAAAGGAGGCAAUCGAGGACGUGAAGACAAAGAUGGUGCGCUCACCGUACACACCUGAUAAACCCAAAGAGCCGGUGUGGGUGAUGAGGAGAGACAUCAGCCCGGUGGAGGAGUGUGGGCCACAGCUUCCUUCACCUCCAUCUCCUCCACAGCUUCCUUCACCUCCGUCUCCUCCACAGCUUCCUUCACCUCCGUCUCCUCCACAGCUUCCUUCACCUCCGUCUCCUCCACAGCUUCCUUCACCUCCGUCUCCUCCACAGCUUCCUUCACCUCCGUCUCCUCCACAGCCUCCUUCACCUCAGAACACGUCAUGUUCACAGGUUCUAGCUUCAGAUCCCACAGUUCCCCAGGGAGCAGAAUCCUCCAGAGCUCAUGAUCAUCAGGAAGCAGACAUCAGUCCCAGUUUACCAACAGCUGAAGAGCUUAGAAGGAACUUGGCUGCUUUCCCUACUUACGUUGACGUUCCAGGCCCGUGUGAUCCAGACGAUUUAAUAGAUGGGAUCAUAUUUGCAGCCAGUUUUUUGGGCUCCACUCAGCUGCUGUCUGAGCGAACGCCGAGUAAGAGCGCUCGCAUGCAGCAGGCUCAGGAGGCCAUGACCCGUGUCCGGGGUGCAGGAGGUGAGCUUCUCUCUACUACUGAGGUGGAUCUCUUUGUGUCAACUCAGAGGAUUAAAGUUCUCAACGCUGACACACAGGAGACGAUGAUGGACCAUCCUCUGAGGACCAUCUCUUACAUCGCAGACAUCGGGAACAUGGUGGUCCUGAUGGCACGCAGGAAAAUGAUCCGCUCCCGCAGCGUUCAGGACUCGGCCGAGGCUCAGAACCCGGCGCAGGACGAGCAGCAGCAGUACAGAAUGAUCUGCCACGUGUUCGAGUCGGAGGAUGCUCAGUUGAUCGCGCAGUCCAUUGGUCAGUCCUUCAGCGUGGCGUAUCAGGAGUUCCUGCGAGCGAAUGGUAUCGAUCCAGAGGACCUGAGUCAGAGGGAGUACAGCGACCUGCUCAACACUCAGGACAUGUACAACGACGACCUCGUCCACUUCUCCAAGUCUGAGAACUGCAGAGAUGUGUAUAUAGAGAAGCAGAAGGGUGAAAUCCUGGGUGUGGUGAUUGUGGAGUCUGGCUGGGGCUCCAUCUUACCUACAGUCAUCAUCGCCAGUCUGAUGCACGCCGGACCGGCGGCAAAAUCCGGCCGUCUGAACAUCGGAGAUCAGAUCAUGACGGUGAACGGGACGAGUCUGGUGGGUCUGCCGCUGUCCACCUGCCAGAGCAUCAUCAAGGGCCUGAAGUCUCAGUCCAGGAUUAAGAUGAACAUCGUCAGAUGUCCUCCAGUCACCAUGGUCCUCAUCCGCAGACCAGACCUGCGCUACCAGCUGGGCUUCAGCGUACAGAAUGGCAUUAUCUGCAGUCUGAUGAGGGGGGGGAUUGCAGAAAGGGGUGGAGUCAGAGUGGGUCACCGCAUCAUCGAGAUUAACGGGCAGAGCGUGGUGGCGACGCCCCACGAGAAGAUCGUACACAUUCUUUCCAGUGCGGUUGGAGAGAUCCACAUGAAGACCAUGCCUGCUGCCAUGUACCGCCUGCUGACGGCUCAGGAGCAGCCUGUCUACAUCUGAAACAUCACUAACAUCCCUCAGCUUCUCCUCACACACCUUCAUGCUCCAGAUGUAACAUUUUCCUCUCAACAUAUUUGAAUCUGCCUUAAUAACCUGUGUAACUGAACACGUGGAGCGAGGCUACGGCACUCAGACUAACAGUGAACAGCUAGCGUUAGUUAGCUCACUGUGUGAUAAACACGUCAGAACUGAUGCUUGUUGGUUCCUGUGACUUUUUGUUCAAACAUUAUAAUUAACCUUCAGAGUUUUUUUUUUUUUUUGUAUUUUGUGAUAAAUUCGCAUUUCUAUUCUGGAGAAAUCCGUGAAUAAGCCUCUGUUUUUAGUUGCUAAAUCAGACCGUGGUGUUUUACAGGAAGUCCAGAUUUCCUCCUAUGUUUUUAUUCCUCAGUUUUCUGUUGAUCAGAAAAUUUGCCAGAUUUCUAGCUUUAUUUCAGCUGAAAGAUAUCUUGAAGUACGUGAUGUGAUUUUGUCAUCUAGGUUUGUGUUCUAACGUCUCAGCCGCUGGAAUGAUUAAGAAAAGAAAAGAACAGAAAGGAAACUGGACUUGUUCUCACCACAUGGACGAGUUCCUCCAGACUCCACAUGUAACAGCCAAAGACUAACAUGAGAGAUAACUUUAUGAUCUGAAGACCAGGACCUACAUGAGGUCAGGAGGCUCAGCUCCACAGA